UUUCCGCGCGCUUCCGAUGGCACUAGGACCCGGAGACGUCCCUGAGCGAGGUUCGCGGAGAGGCAGCCAGACUCCUCCUCAUCUCCAGUGUCAAACUUGACAUCAGCCUGCGAGCGGAGCAUGGUAACUUCUCCCGCAAUCGGAAGGCUCCCUCACAUCAGUGGCAUGCUUCGUGGAGAUAUGCUCCUCUCACUGCCCUCUGCACCGGCAACAUGGACUGUCACCUCUCCGCCCUCCUCCUGCUCGGCUCCUCUCUUCUCGGCUGCCUCGGGGAACUGAUGCUCCAGCCCUCCAAUGAAGUCAAUCUCUUGGAUUCAAAAACAAUUCAAGGGGAGCUGGGCUGGAUCUCUUACCCAUCGCACGGGUGGGAAGAGAUCAGCGGUGUGGAUGAACAUUACACGCCCAUCAGGACUUACCAGGUAUGCAAUGUCAUGGAUCAUAGUCAAAAUAACUGGCUGAGGACAAACUGGGUCCCCCGAAACUCAGCCCAGAAGAUCUAUGUGGAACUUAAAUUCACUCUACGGGACUGCAACAGUAUUCCACUUGUUUUGGGGACUUGCAAGGAGACAUUCAACUUGUACUACAUGGAAUCUGAUGAUGAUCAUGGGGUCAAAUUCCGAGAGCAUCAGUUUACAAAGAUUGACACCAUUGCUGCUGAUGAAAGCUUCACUCAGAUGGAUCUUGGGGACCGUAUUCUUAAACUCAACACUGAGAUUAGAGAAGUAGGUCCUGUCAACAAAAAAGGAUUUUAUUUGGCUUUUCAAGAUGUCGGUGCUUGCGUUGCCUUGGUGUCUGUGAGAGUGUACUUCAAAAAGUGCCCAUUUACAGUGAAGAAUCUAGCUAUGUUUCCUGACACGGUACCCAUGGACUCCCAGUCCCUGGUGGAAGUUAGAGGUUCUUGUGUCAACAAUUCUAAGGAGGAAGACGCUCCAAGGAUGUACUGCAGUACAGAAGGCGAAUGGCUUGUACCCAUCGGCAAGUGCUCCUGCAAUGCAGGCUAUGAAGAAAGAGGAUUUGUGUGCCAAGCGUGUCGGCCGGGCUUCUACAAGGCUGCGGACGGUAACAUGAAGUGCGCUAAGUGCCCACCGCACAGCUCCACCAGCGAAGAAGGUUCAGUGAACUGCAGGUGUGAGAAUAAUUACUUCCGAGCAGACAAAGACCCUCCAUCCAUGGCUUGUACCCGACCUCCAUCUGCACCAAGAAAUGUUAUCUCUAAUAUAAAUGAGACCUCGGUUAUCCUGGACUGGAGCUGGCCCCUAGACACAGGAGGCCGGAAAGACAUUACCUUCAACAUCAUAUGUAAAAAAUGUGGGUGGAAUGCACAACAGUGUGAGCCCUGCAGCCCAAAUGUCCGCUUCCUCCCUCGACAGUUCGGACUCACCAACACCACUGUGACAGUGACAGACCUCCUGGCACACACAAACUACACCUUUGAGAUUGAUGCAGUUAAUGGGGUGUCGGAGCUGAGCUCCCCACCAAGACAGUUUGCUGCAGUCAGCAUCACAACUAAUCAGGCUGCGCCAUCGCCUGUCAUGACCAUUAAGAAAGAUCGGACAUCCAGAAACAGCAUCUCUUUAUCCUGGCAAGAACCUGAGCAUCCUAACGGGAUCAUUUUGGACUAUGAGGUCAAAUAUUAUGAGAAGCAGGAACAAGAGACAAGUUAUACCAUUUUGAGGGCAAGAGGCACAAACGUUACCAUCAGUAGCCUCAAGCCUGAUACUACAUAUGUAUUCCAAAUUCGAGCCCGAACUGCAGCUGGAUAUGGAACCAACAGCCGCAAGUUUGAGUUUGAAACGAGCCCUGACUCUUUCUCCAUCUCUGGUGAAAACAGCCAAGUGGUAAUGAUCGCCAUUUCAGCAGCAGUAGCAAUUAUUCUCCUCACCGUCGUCAUUUAUGUUCUGAUCGGGAGGUUCUGUGGCUAUAACAAGUCAAAACAUGGUGCAGAUGAAAAAAGACUUCACUUUGGGAAUGGACAUUUAAAACUUCCAGGUCUCAGGACUUACGUUGAUCCACAUACGUAUGAAGACCCAACACAAGCUGUUCAUGAGUUUGCUAAGGAACUGGAUGCCACCAACAUAUCCAUUGACAAAGUAGUUGGAGCAGGUGAGUUUGGAGAGGUGUGCAGUGGACGUUUAAAACUUCCUUCAAAAAAGGAGAUUUCAGUGGCCAUCAAGACCCUGAAAGUGGGCUAUACAGAAAAGCAAAGGAGAGACUUUUUGGGAGAAGCCAGCAUUAUGGGGCAGUUUGACCAUCCUAAUAUCAUUCGACUAGAAGGAGUUGUUACUAAGAGUAAGCCAGUCAUGAUUGUCACAGAAUACAUGGAGAAUGGUUCCUUGGACAGCUUCUUACGAAAACAUGAUGCCCAGUUUACCGUCAUCCAGCUCGUGGGGAUGCUUCGUGGAAUAGCGUCCGGUAUGAAGUAUCUGUCAGAUAUGGGCUAUGUUCACCGAGACCUUGCUGCCCGCAACAUCUUGAUCAACAGUAACUUGGUGUGUAAAGUUUCUGAUUUCGGACUCUCACGAGUUCUAGAAGAUGAUCCGGAAGCUGCUUACACGACAAGAGGAGGGAAAAUCCCAAUCCGUUGGACAUCCCCAGAAGCAAUCGCCUAUCGCAAGUUUACCUCAGCCAGUGAUGUAUGGAGCUAUGGGAUUGUUCUCUGGGAGGUAAUGUCUUACGGAGAAAGACCAUACUGGGAGAUGUCCAAUCAGGAUGUAAUUAAAGCUGUGGACGAGGGUUAUCGCCUGCCACCCCCCAUGGAUUGCCCUGCUGCCUUAUAUCAGCUGAUGCUGGACUGCUGGCAGAAAGACAGAAACAACAGACCCAAGUUUGAGCAGAUUGUCAGCAUUCUGGACAAGCUUAUCCGGAACCCCGGCAGUCUGAAGAUCAUCACUACCGCAGCAGCAAGGCCAUCAAACCUUCUCCUGGACCAAAGCAAUGUUGACAUCACUACCUUCCGCACAACAGGUGACUGGCUUAACGGAGUCCGGACAGGUCACUGCAAGGAGAUCUUCACAGGCGUGGAGUACAGUUCUUGCGAUACCAUAGCCAAGAUUUCCACAGACGACAUGAAAAAGAUUGGUGUCACUGUGGUUGGGCCACAGAAGAUCAUCAGUAGCAUUCAGGCUCUGGAAACACAAUCCAAGAAUGGUCCAGUUCCAGUGUAAAGUCCUCCUGAAGAAAGUGGUUACUGGGAAAGCUUCGGCCUCCCUCUGCAAGCAGCUGAUGAUGGCGGAGAUAUAAGUGGAAGUUCCCAGUUCAAUAAGACACUCAGACACGAGCGCAAAUGCCUUAACAUGGAAUUGAAAAACCCUUUAUUUUCCCCUCUUAUUUAGUGGAUGGGCGGGUGGGUAAAUUUUGUUUUGUAACUGCUUUUUUAAUGUUAGUUGAUGGAUUAAAUUAAAAUUUUUCAGCUCAAAAUUGUGAAGAACUAGUAUAGAGCCAUUUAUCAUAACCUGACUACCAUAAACGCAAAACAGUGAAAUGACAGAAUGGACAUGAUGGCUUUGUUUACAAAGAGCCACAGAAGAAAAGACUUGUGAUAUUUUUAUACACAGAAGGAAACCUGUAAUAAGUAUUUUGUUUCUUUCAAAGCAAGCAAAAUAGAGGAAUUUAUACCUCAAACUUUCUGGCCAUAUUUACUACCUUAUCAUUGUAUUAUUCUCUUUUAUCUGUUUAAAGCAUAUAGAGAUGAAGUUUGUAGUUGUUUUAAGUACUACACUCUCUUAAUUGUUAGGUUGCUUAAGUGUAUCAUGUAAAAAUGUGUCUUAAUUUUUGAAAAAAGUACGUAUUUAUUUUCUUUUGAAUCAUUUUUAUUGUUUGAUAUUUAUACCUUGAUGAUUUAAUUUGGAUUUGUCACAGCCAAGUGUCAAAUGCUCUCUCAAAAUGUCAGCAGUAGGAAAUAUGUCUUGCUAGACAUGAAGAAUAAGUUUCCAGAUUUUUUGAACCAUCCACUUCUAUGUGUUUAAAAAUACUGAAAUACUUUGUUUGUUCAUAUAGGAGCCAAAUCUCAUAGUGUGAAUUACCCCAUUUCUUUUGUCUCUCCAUUUACUAUAACUAUGUUCUUAAUUUAGUGUAAUAUAUUGGCUUGGAUGUAAUGGAUUUUUAACCAGAUGACAGACCUUUCUGUUUUGGUGUCCAGAGGCCAGGAACUCUCUUCAUUCAUGAAGUACCCAUGCCAGAAUUUAUGAGAAUAGCCACACUGGAAAUAUUUGACAUGCUAUUUAGAUUGUUGCAUUAAUUGUCAGCACAGCAAAUGCAUGAGUCAAAAUAUCACUUACUCCCUGGAUUUACAAAGUUGUUUAAUAUUGCUUGAAAAACUUACUCAAGUAUUUAUAGGCAAUGAUGACUAGUUAAACUACUCCUCUGCAUUACCGGAGUUAGGACAAUUAAAUAUUGUGACAAUUAUCAGGUAUAAUGAUCUUUAAUAGUCUUCCACUUCAGUGUACCUAUUGUAACUUUGCUGUAUAAGUCAGAAAGCUUUAACUUUGUAUUGAUUGAACAUAUUUUUGAAAUAGUUGACUGUCUAGCAAACUUGUUAAAAUCUGUAAGCAGUGCAGAAUUGCGUCACCACACGAAUUUAGACUUGCUGUUACAUAAAAGCCAACUAUGAGCACGUAUAUUGACAUUUGAAAGGAUGUGUCUAGUAGAGACCUAGCCACUAAUAUAUUUUGAAGCAAAAUUUUAGACCUAUCUAUAAUCUUUCUAAUGCUGAUAUGAUCAUGUCCUGAUAUGAGAAAUGUAUACAUCAGGGGCUGGGGAUUUAGCUCAGGGGCAAAAGCGCCUGCCUGGCAAGCGCAAGGUCGUGAGUUCGGUUCCCGGUACCGGAGAAAAACCAAAAAAAAAAGAGAAAUGUAUACAUCAGAAGAACAGAAUGGGUGAAACAAUGCUGCAGCACUUAUCUUUGUAUGCAAAAUGGGACAACAAAGAAACACAGCCUCCGAUCACAGAUCAAAAUUCACAAGGGCCAAUCUCUUAUAGGUUUAAUAUAACGAAUAUUAGAUUAUGUUUUUUGUAGAUAACAGCCCAUUUCCCAAAUUUUGGCAAUGUUUCUUAUAGUCAGCUCAUGCUACUAGAAUUUUAUAUUGGAUAUAUAAGAUCAUGAACUUUUUAAAAGUUAAGUUAAUCAAAAAUUUCAUUUAAGCCUGCUAGAAGCAGCUAAAUCUAACUCAUCUAAUCAAGUAUUUUACGUUUGGGAAUAUUUGAGUAAGAGUUGAAUCUGGUUUCAGUUUCAUAUUAUCCAAUACUAGCAUUUAAUUUCUGGGAUACUUCUCUAGGUCUUCACACAAAAAAUCUGUGUGUUUCAUAAAUUAGUAGAAUUUGAGGGUCACUGAAUAUAGGGCACUUAUUUUGGCUGUAGGUUUUGUUUGAAAGUAGAGGUUGUAUACACAGUAUAUAGCUCUUCAUUUUUUCAGUAUUUUUCUACCUGAUCUCUUAAAAAUUUACAUAAUUCUUAUCCUGUACAUAUGUAAACAUAACAGUGUAUGAUUCCUAACUGUUGAGUAGGGGUACUAGAAUGCUUGUGGCCAUCACUUUGUACGUGAACUGCAGUGACUUUCAGUAAUCAUGAAACAACAGCUCUUUCACAGUGUCAUGUACCACACUACCUGUUUUGUAUCUUAAACUUGAUUUAUACAUAUUAUUUAUUUCUGGUAACAUGCCCGGUAUAUACUGUACUAUCUGUUAAGCCAUGUAUAAAUGUGAUAUGAUUGGCAAAUAUCUCUUUACCAUGAACUUGUCUUUCCAAAACAUUGCUCAUUUAGUUGUGUUGUGCAAUGUGGAUGGCCUCUUACUAAUGUAAAAUGAUUUGUAGUGGAAACAUUUAUAUUUUUAUAAUAAACAUAAUGAAAAUAUUUUUA